AUGCAGAAAUUUGUCCCUCGACAGCGGAAGCAUAAGAAUAAAUUAAAGGGAAACCAAGAUGCGGCACAGCAGGAUACCAAUGUCACGGAGCUUGCGGCGAGUACCAAAUCGGAGAAGGAAAAGCGGCAGAAAUUGAAAGCAGAGCUACAGGCGCAGCAGCAGCCAAAGAUUUCUGGUAAAAAACAAAAAAGACUUGCUAAAUAUAUCGAAACUAAACUCAAGAAGGAUGAAAACCUCGCCCUCCUCAAGAAGCUCGCAGAAUCGAAAAUAGAUACCAGUCAAUUACAAAGUUCUCGAAAUUUAGGCAAAUCCAAGGACAAAAGGUCUCGAUCUUCAGCGCUGAAUAACAAAGAUAGCAGUGGCUCCGUUCAACGGGCGCCAUCUUAUGACAACGAGGGAGAUGCUAUAAAACCUGUCAAGUCUGCCUCCGUUAAUAAAUCUACCAGUGUCGUCAGCUGCCAUAUUAACCCUUCAAUAUCAGCUAUUGGAAGUGGUUUGAAACGGCCUCUGGAGGUUGGGGAAGAUGGAUUCCCAGUUAUCAAGAAGCGCAAACGUGCGCCGAAGCGAAAGCUUAUAUUAGAGGAACCCUCCUGGGAAGGGUUCGAGAGUGAUGAAGCUAGCAAUGCCGCGACAGAAGACUCAGGCGCUGGAUCUGGUAGUGGUAUGAGUGAUUCUGGGACAGACGGUUCCGGGAACAACAUGAAACCGGGACAUAGCGAAAGUGAAGAUGGUGAGGAAGACGAAGGAGAUGAUCAGCCACCCUCGUCUGCUGACGAUUCCGGUAAGGAGAGAGUAAUUCGACCGCGAAAUUCUGCAUUCAAAGCGUGGGCGGUACAACAAAUAAACGAUGCAGUAGGCUUUAAGCCUACUGAACAUAAUCUUCACCCCGAUCCCUUGCCAUUGCCAAAGAAGCAAGCAAGGCCACUCCCAGUCGAGGAAGAGCCUUUGCCAGCUGAAUUGCAAAUACCAAAGGGUAAUCCAAAUAGAAAGGCCUUUGCUGUCCAGGUAAAUCGGCCAGAAAAUAUACAAUCAUCACGUCUGGGUUUACCUGUCGUAGGGGAGGAGCAAAAGAUCAUGGAAGCGAUCCAUAAUAAUCCAUGUGUUGUUAUAUGGGGAGCUACUGGAAGUGGCAAAACUACGCAGCUACCGCAGUUUCUCUUCGAAGCAGGAUAUGGAAAUCCGGACAGCCCAAAUCCGGGGAUGAUCGGAAUUACUCAACCCAGACGAGUCGCGGCUGUCAGUAUGGCGAAACGAGUAGCGGAUGAGCUGGGUCAAUAUUCAGAUCAAGUAUCAUACCAGAUCCGAUUUGAAAGUACAGAAUCCAGCAAAACAGCAAUAAAAUUCAUGACUGAUGGUGUUAUGAUUCGAGAAAUUGCCCAGGACUUUUCCCUUUCCAAAUAUUCGAUUAUUAUCAUUGACGAGGCCCACGAAAGGAGUGUGAACACAGAUAUUCUCAUUGGGAUGGUCAGCAGAAUAGUUGAUCUAAGGAAGACUAUCCACGAAGAAAACUCCUCUCUAAAGCCACUGAAAUUGGUAAUUAUGUCUGCUACACUACGUAUUUCAGACUUCCUACAAAAUGAAAACCUUUUCCGACAGGGACGACCACCUUUAGUGCAGGCCGAGGGACGUCAAUACCCAGUCACCAUUCACUUUGCGCGCCGGACACACCGAGACUAUGUUGAGGAGGCUUUCCGAAAAGUAUCCAAGGGACACAAAAAAUUACCACCAGGAGCAUUUCUCGUUUUUCUGACUGGACAAGGCGAAAUCAAGGACUUAUCCAAACGUCUUAAGCAAAAGUUCAGAUCUACGCACGCUUCUGAAACCUUCCAGGGGAAGGUGAAACUGUCAGCAGCGGAAGCCCCCCUUGAAACUGAGGAUAUUGAACUUGGAACAACAACAGGCGCGGGGGGUGAUGAGGACGGUGACAGCGAUAUUGAGAUUACCGGCUUAGACAAUGAUGAAAAUGACGACGAUGACUUCGACCACGAAGAGGGUGUUGUUGACUCACGAACAAAAGUCCAUGUCCUUCCUCUUUAUUCCCAGCUUCCGACGAAAGAACAGAUGAAAGUUUUCGAGCCUCCGCCUGAGGGUUCCCGUCUCAUUGUGCUCGCCACCAACGUUGCAGAAACCAGUUUAACCAUUCCCGGUAUCAGAUACGUAUUCGAUUGCGGACGCUCCAAAGAGAAGCAGUACGACGUCUCAACUGGAGUUCAGAGCUUUCAGGUCGGAUGGAUCAGUAAAGCUAGCGCGAGUCAGCGUGCUGGACGGGCUGGAAGAACAGGCCCCGGGCACUGCUACCGGCUCUACUCCUCUGCUGUCUUUGAAGGUGAAUUUGAAGAGUAUACCGAACCGGAAAUAUUGCGAACCCCAAUUGAAGGAGUUGUCCUGCAGAUGAAAACCAUGGGACUUCAUCAUGUUAUCAAUUUCCCUUUUCCAACACCGCCAAAUAGAACUAGUCUCGCUAAUGCAGAAAAGCUGCUACGAAACCUUGGGGCCCUUUCCGUAGAUGGCCAGGUCACUGAGACAGGCCGCCAUCUCAGCCUCUACCCCCUCUCCCCACGAUUCGGUAAGAUGCUUCAGAUUGGCCAUCAGCAUGGCUGCAUACCCUACGUCGUAGCUAUGGUUUCCGCCCUCGCAGUAUCCGACCUCUUCAUACAAGAAAAUCAGCUGGAUCUCAACCCCGUCAAGAAGGAAGGGGAUGAAGAUGAUAAAAUCUACACCAACGCAGAUAGGCUCGAGGACACUGCAAGAGAAAUGAGACGGAAGGACUACGACCGAUCCCGCCGUAUCUUUAGCAAAUACGACGACAAAUCCGAUGCCCUCAAAUCUCUUGCAGCCGUCUGCGCCUACGCAUAUGCGUCUGAUGGCGAAUCCUUCUGUUCUCAAAUGUUCCUCCGUCCCAACGCAAUGAAAGAAGCCUCCCAACUGCGCCAACAGCUUUACGAAAUUGUCCGCAGCAACAACCCUGGUAUCAUGGAUCCAUUUAAGUCCCGCCUCCUCGAACCAUCCGAGAAACAACUCCGCGCCCUCAAACAAAUCACCGCCGCAGGAUUCAUCGACCACAUCGCAAUCCGCGCUGACAUGGCCCCGGUCCCUCCAGAAAUUCCCCGCAAGCCCCGAAGGGCGAUUGACGUCCCAUAUCUAACUCUCUUCUCAUCCCGUGACAAGCCCGCUAAGGGACUCGAUGAAAAGGCCGUAUAUAUUCAUCCCGCCUCCGUCCUCUCGCAUCUCUCAGUUGCUGAACUCCCACAAUAUCUCAUCUACUCACAUCUCCAACAAUCCACUCCCAAUGCCAUAUCUGAUACCCCAACGAAAGUCCGAAUGUUCCCCCUAACUGCUGUAAGCGGGCUGCAGCUCUCUGCUUUGGCACAUGGGACACCCCUGGUUGAAUAUGGGAAACCGAUUGGGAAGAUUGAGUCUGUUGCUGGUGCGCCGGAUAAACGCGAGUGUUGGGUUAUUCCCUUUUUAAAGGGGGAUCCGGGAAGCGUUGGGUGGCCGUUACCGGCGAAGAAGGUAAUACAGAAAAAGGAUAGGAAGCAUGGGUGGGUCAUUGAGAAGUUUAUUAAGUAG